AUGUCGAAUUUAUCAAAGUUUGAGUUCGUGGCACUUGACAUUUCUGAAAAUAAUUACUUGUCAUGGGUACUCGAUGCUGAAAUUCACCUUGACGCUAAAGGUCUUGGUGCCACUAUUACCAAUGGAUUGAAGGUUGAAUACCUUACGGUGAAAGAUCCACUUGAAUUGUGGACUGGUUUGAAGAAAGGUAUGACCACCUUAAGGCAACGGUAUUUGCCAAGGGCUCGUUAUGAAUGGAUUCACUUGCGGUUACAAGAUUUUAAAACUAUAUGUGAAUAUAAUUCUGUUGUAUACAAAAUUACUUCCCAAUUGAAAUUAUGUGGGGAAGAUAUAAAAGAUGAGGACAUGUUGGAAAAGACUCUCACAACUUUUCAUGCUUCAAAUUUGGUAUUACAGCAACAAUACCGUGAAAGGGGAUUCAAAAAGUAUUCUGAGUUGAUCUCAUGCCUUCUUGUGGCUGAGCAACAUAAUACUCUUUUAUUGAAAAAUCAUGAGGCCCGUCCCACGGGAACUGCUCCGUUGCCGGAAGCAAAUGAGGUUGAAGCACAUGGUCAGUCUGAAAGAAGACAAAAUAAAAAUCAGGGCCAAAAUAAUGUGCGUGGACGUGGCAAUGGUAGAGGACGAUAUAAUAAUCGUCGUGGUGGUGGUAGCCACAAAAGGGAGAACAAUAUGGGUUCUCAAAGCAAUCCUUCAAGAGGCAAUUGUCAUCGUUGUGGCAUGAAAGGGCAUUGA